GUAAUCUCGAUUUUUUUUUUCAAUUCUAUUUGUAAGCUUUGACCCAGUCCUACUUGCGACAUGUAUGAGGAACCAUUUUUUUAUGCGUGUACAUGCCUGUUCCUUAAUACAUUGCUUCUUUAUUCUGCACUAUGCCGUUGCAGUCCAAUUACACGUCUUUUAAUCAUCCUAUGCAAGCCACGCGAAGAGAGUCUCUACCAAGAUGGCGAACUCAGCCCUCCUUGAAGCGUGUGGGUCCCUAUAUUCCUUCCCUUGCUACAGCCGAUCAUCAGAAAUAUGAAUCGCCCAAGGACCGUGCGAUGAACCAAUUGAUGAAUCAAGGAGCCGAUCUUCACUAUACAUCAUAUGCGCCGAAAAGAGAUGAAGCAGCCCGCUAUGGUCAGGAUGGUUACGGUUCCCCUGAUUUUCCAGAUACGGAUGAUGUGACAACAAUGCCAACCAUGGAAUCAAUGGACCUGACCGCCGUGACAACAGACCAUCACCAUGAAAUACAUGAUUUUUCACCGUCCUAUGAGGAAUGGAAUAACUACGAUGAUGAACUAUCAACCUUGACGUCGCAAGAAAACCAUGUAGCCGCUACAUCUUUUGCCACCCCGUCGGAACAUCAGUUUCCCAAGCUGCCAUAUGCAGAGAUCAUGAACCGCGCUCUCCCACCUUUGCCAGAAUCAGUAUCAGAAGAUAAUUCUGCAUCGCAACCUAAAACCCAGUUACGAAGAGCCGCCACAUGGCUGGGCAAGCCUAUCGAUCAAUUUCUUUCAUCAAACCAAGUUUAUUCCUUGGGACGAAAAAUGUCUCAGGGGUUACCCCAAACUCAAAGGGGUGGGAGUGCAGAUCACAAUGAUAUGAUAUACUAUGAAGAGACAACACGGCACGAUGAUAACCAUUACCAUGCAGGUAUGGAGGUGACGCCUACAGUGAAUGCAGAAACCAUGCAAGGUUCGCGUCGAGUGGAUCGCCAUCCUGCUUCUGCUGAAGAGCGGUUCUACGGUACAGACACGGAUCACUUUGGAUUCGUGUCACCGGUCACGAUUGUUAAACGAACUUACGCUCCUACUAAAGUACUCAAGAAAAAAACAAUCCACUGUCAAGGUUCGUGCGUGAUGAAGCGUUAUAUAAACAUUAAUAUCGUUGUUUGCUGAUGAUGGAACACUGUAG